GGUGCGCAAAUACGCACAGAUCUCCCCGGGACCGCUCGAAAAUGGGCAAUUGCAUCGUGCCUUACUGCGAUGGGCCCCAAAACACCAACGUCCGAUUUACUCUGCCGGCUGUGUGCUUUGUGUGGCAGAGCGCCAUGAUUAUCCUCUUCGGGGUUUUCGUGCGCUAUGAUGGAGAAUCAGACGCUCACUGGGUUGAACACAAAGCUAAAGAGAAUAUAACAUCUGACAUUGAGAAUGACUAUUACUUCAGAUAUCCAAGUUUUCAGGAUGUCCAUGUUAUGAUUUUUGUGGGCUUUGGAUUCCUCAUGACAUUUAUGAAGCGCUAUGGUUUCGGUGCUGUUGGUUUCAACUUCCUCAUUGGAGCGUUUGGGCUUCAGUGGGCACUGUUAAUGCAAGGCUGGUUUCACUCUCUGGACCCAGUUGAUGGCUUUAUCAAAAUUGGCGUUGAAAACAUAAUCAAUGCAGACUUUUGUGUGGCCGGCUGUUUGAUUGCCUAUGGAGCUGUGCUAGGAAAAGUCAGUCCUGUGCAGGUCAUGGUGUUGACCCUGUUUGGCAUUACCCUGUUUUCUGUAGAAGAAUUUAUCAUAAUUAGUCUCCUUCAUGCCAGAGAUUCUGGUGGUUCUAUGGUGAUUCAUGCAUUUGGAGGAUAUUAUGGACUAGCCAUCUCAUGGGUCCUCUAUCGGCCAAACUUGAAAGAAAGCAGUCAGCGCAACGGCUCAGUCUACCACUCGGAUUUGUUUGCUAUGAUUGGAACACUGUUCCUCUGGAUGUUCUGGCCCAGUUUUAAUUCUGCCAUUUCUGACCAUGGAGAUGGACAGCAUAGAGCAGCCAUUAACACCUAUCUGUCUUUGGCUGCCACUGUCCUUACCACCUUUGCCAUCUCCAGCCUGUUUCAGAAGCAUGGAAAACUGGACAUGGUACACAUCCAGAAUUCCACCCUGGCUGGUGGUGUUGCUGUAGGAACAGCUGCUGAGUUCAUGCUCAUGCCAUAUGGCUCUCUGAUUGUAGGAUUCUUCUGUGGUAUCAUCUCCACUCUGGGAUACAUUUAUGUCUCACCCUAUAUAGAGAAAAAGUUUAAGAUCCAGGACACAUGUGGUGUCCAUAACCUGCAUGCAGUGCCUGGUCUCCUAGGUGGAUUUGUGGGAGCCAUCACAGCUGCUGCUGCUACUGAAACUGUAUAUGGUGCAGAGGGGUUGAUAAACACAUUUGAUUUUGUGGGGUCAUACAAAAACAGGACUCCAGCUGUCCAAGGUGGCUACCAGGCAGCUGCAACGUGUGUUGCUGUGUGCGUUGGAAUAGGAGGUGGAAUAUUUGUGGGUCUGAUUUUGAGGAUGCCUAUCUGGGGGGCUGCGGCAGAUGAUCAAUGCUUUGAGGACGAGAUUUACUGGGAGGUGCCUGGGGAGGAGGAGCCUGUUCCACCUGUUCUAGAGUAUAACAAUCACACGGCAACCAACAAGAAUGCGGAUGUGAUGGAAUCACGCUUCACUGUGGAGCAGAGCUAAUCCUGGAAGCCCAACAUGCUGUCAGCCCUGACCCCACGAAUCCUGUGACCACACUUUCUUUCUCCAAAUAGCACCCUAGCCUGAUAUUUACUAUAUAAUUUGUUAUAAUGACCAUUUUGACCAUAAAUUCUAAGAUGUGUACCGAAAACCCCUUGUAUAUGAACCAUCUUCAUGUGCUAUUUAUAGCACACAUCACACACAGAUUUGAAAUACACUGAAAUGCAGCAAUGUUGGAAAGGGAGGUCUGAAAUGUUCUUUUUUACACAGAGGUGGGUCACAGCCAAAAGGAAGAGUUUUCAGUAUUUCUAACUUUCCUUCUUAUUAAGCAGUUUUAGAGGGAAAUUUCAAAUGUCUUGACUUGCAUACUGUCCCUUUUUUGUCUCGUUUUUCAUGGUAUUGAAUCUGAAUAUGUCCUUUUCAUGCUUAGAAUGAAAAGGAGACACUGGUGAGACAUUUCUUGUUUAUGUAUAGUAAACAGUAGCCAUGGAAAUAUUGAUAUAGAAUACAUUUAUAUAUUUAGAGUUACAGAACCAGAAAAGCUACCUAGUGGACUCUGUUUGACCUAGCUGUCAUUCAAAUGAUAAAAUCAUAAGUUAGAAGAAAUUCAGUAGAUGAAUGGUAUCAGAUUGUUUUAUCUAGUUUCAAGUAAGAGCAAGAUAGUUUUCCAGGCUAAAAUAAUGCAACAGAAUUAUAUAUUUGACAUUAUGCUAUUCCAAAUAUUUUUUGAAUGCUAAAAGAUGUGACAUGAUUACAACACCAGAAAUUUACAAAAUUACAUUUCCAAUACCUAUUUAAAUUUAUCCAUAUACCUUCCCUAUAGUUUAAUGUAAUUUAAGUUGAAUGAAUAAUCAAUUUAAUUUUAAGGUGAUGCCUAAUAAUUUAUGAGUUUAUUAUUCAUGUUCUAAUCACUAAACUGAUUUCUGUUUAAUAAUACACAUUUUGUAAAAUCUAUUUAAAAUCCAAAUCCAAUCUUUCUUACCUUUGUAUGAGUUUCUGCCCUCACUGCCCAUCCCUCUGGUUUUGUAAAUAAAAGUUCUUAUUGAAAUUUUGUAAUGAU